UAAUCGACAGAAUAUUAAGUAAAUGAUCAAAUUAAUUAUUUACUAUCCGCUUAUACUUUUGUGAUAAGUGGAUCGCCGCUUAUCAAAACCCCAGUACACGUUGCAGACAUGCGUAAGGCUUCAAAGGAAAACAUAGCAGUGGUAGCACGCACCCCUCCCUCUUUUAUUUCUCUUCCCUUCUUCUUUUCCUCUGUUCUUUCUUCUUUUAUUUUCUGGUCUGUUCCUGCGACAGGGAGCAAGAGUGAGCGAGAGAGAAGAAGAGAGAAAGGAGGAGAGAAGAAAAGAGAGGAGAGCGAGAGAGAGAAACCCAGAAUCAUCGAGAGAGAAAAAGACUCACCGAGAGAGGAGAAAUUCGCCGGGAGCGAAGGAAGGAGAGGAAAUGACCGGUUGAAUCAUAUGGGUUCAUUCAAGGAUGAGCGUUUAGGUCCUUCAAGAUCGGUCUUUUUGAAUGUGCCAAACGUAACGUGCGCCGCUCUCGGUUAAAUAGCGUGGAGGUGGGCCAGUGGAGGUUAAAACUUACACGCUGCAUAAAUGAUUCAUGCAUCAUUCUGUAUUUGAUCUAAUUAUGACACAGUAAGACGGAGUCAUUUUUUUGUAAAGGCGUAGACUUCGAUAAGAGCAAUAAAUCGUUGUGGACCGACCUAACUUUUAUAUUGUAUAACACAGGCAGGCCUGAUGAAUUUAGCAAUAUGGGCCUAGCAGCACGUACGCAUCUUUGGAAGGCUACCUUCAGGCCUUCUUGCCAGAGGUCAGGCCCAUGGGCACGUUAUGAAUAGGCGUGUUUCCUUAGCCCAAGACGUCAGACCCGAAAAACAAAGAAUAUACGCGUCGGCAAGGGUGGCCUUCAAAACUGCAUUGGGCGCCUCCUCCAGUCCUCUGUUUUUGAAACGUUUUUGGUAACUCUUAACUUCAGCUUCGUCACUAACCUCAGAGGAGCAGAGUAAUACAAUGUCCACCGAAAACCCUAGGAAAUGGCGGUUCACAUGGGAAGCCCAAUCUCACGUGCCAAUCCUUCGGGUAUUCAUCUUCGAUUCGUGCACUAGGCCCUUGGUUCAGUUCCAGAAUCUCAAGGUCCAUCUCAAUCCCUCACAGUCUCUGGUCUUGGUGAGCUGGUUUGAAGACCUCGAAGUCUCGCUCAGGGUUCCGACUCCACGGGUUCUGGUCGACCCUGAGUCUCCUGUGAGCUUUCGAGCCUUUGAUGAUCACAUCGAGGUCAAGCUCGUCCUGCUUCUUCCGGUCGAUCAUCCAAUCGUUUCGAAUUUCGAUUCCGUGUUGAAUUUGUCUGAAGGCCGAGAAAAUGCGGUCUUCGAUGCAUUGAAGCCGCUAGAAAUGGACUCCGACCUGAAGAGUCUAUCUUCUAGUGGAGGAGUUCACUUUUACUGUAAAAGUUGCUCGUUUGAGUUGACUAAAAGUCCUCUCAGAGCUCCCUUGAAGAGUUUCGCAAUGUCUGAACCACCUUCUUCUUCCUCCACCACACUUUCAAUUGAAAAUUUCUCUAGCCCAUUUUAUCUCCAUCAUGGAGACAGUCCUGGCUCUUUGCUUGUUUCUCAGCCCUUGAAUGGUGACAAUUACCUUACUUGGAAGCGAUUCAUGAUGCUGGCACUAAUGGCUAAGAACAAAUUCUGUUUUGUCGAUGGUACACUUCCCAAACCAUCAUCUACAGAUCCUACACUACAUGCAUGGGUGAGAUGCAAUAACAUGGUACUCUCAUGGAUCCUGAAUUCAGUAUCAAAGGAGAUUGCAAAUAGUGUGAUUUUUCUCAACACUGCAGCUGAUAUGUGGGAGGAUCUGAAAGAAAGAUUCUCGCAAAGCAAUGGACUUCGAGUGUUUCAGCUACAAAAGGCGAUUUCAACCCUUACACAAGGCAAUCAUUCAGUAAGUAGCUACUAUACUCAUCUCAAAGGUCUGUGGGAUGAACUUUCCAACAUUCGUCCCAUUCCAAAUUGCUCAUGCGGUGGUUUGAAGGUAUUCCUUGGUUUUCACCAUCAAGAGUACGUUUUCCAUUUUCUUAUGGGCUUAAACGAGUCUUUCUCACGUAUAAGAGGUCAAAUCCUCUUGAUUGAUCCAAUGCCUUCCAUCAACAAGGUAUUUUCAUUGGUACUUCAAGAAGAAAGGCAACGAGAGGUUGCUUUCUCGCAUUCUCUGCCUACUGAUACUGCAGCUUUGAUGUCUAAAGCUGAUUCAAAUCCACAGAAUCAAUUUUCUAGGCUGGCUUCUUUCCGCAAAGAACAUCCCACUUGUACUCACUGUGGGCUUGUUGGACAUGUUGUUGACAAAUGCUGCAAAUUACAUGGUUAUCCACCUAAGUCUAAUAAGGGAAAGAUUACCAAUCAUUCUGCUCAUCAAGUUCAAGAAUCAUCUCAAGAGUCAGCUCAGUUGUCCAUUACCCAAGAGCAAUGCAAACAAUUGCUUGCUUUACUAAAGCUGCAAUUGCCUCAAGAGUCAUCCUCUGUAAAUCCAAGCAGACAUUUUGUGGAAAUGCCAUCAGUCGAUUGGCGAGAGGUGGCUGAUAACUGGUUUGGGACUUGCUGUUGUUCGUUUGGAGGUGUAAGUGAGAAGCUGGUGACUGGUUAUGCAAAAUCAUAUACAUGUGCUGAGGGUAUUUGCCAAUUAAGUUCCACAACUGUUACUCUUUGCAAGGAUGAUCUUGUGGAAUGGAAAUCCUGUGACCAGGUUGGAUGCCAGCGGUCUGACUCUGGACCAGAUGUCAAAGGCGACAAUGGAUUUGGUGAAGGUAGUCUAGAUUCUAGAAGUCAGUGUGGAGGAGGAAUAACCUGUGAUGAUCCACGCGAGGAAACACAAGCUUCUGAUGGGGGAAAAUUCAUGCAUUCUAAGAAUGGAGAUAUUGCUGGAAAGUUCAGGUGCGGAGUUAAUGAGGAAGAAACUAAUGAUGAUGCUUCAUUUUGUUUGUUGCCAGAAUCAGAUCUCUCUAAAGAUCAGGCAUCAGCGCCUGGUUGCUGCAAUCAUGAGAAAAGUCUUGUUCUAAAUCAUGUUGAUGAAGAUCACACUCAUCAUGUGUCCGAAACUAAGGAGAUCAAGGGAAAUCAGAAAUGUUUGCUCAAUGGCUUUCUUGGAAAUAUUUUCAUGGUUAGAUCCUUCAAUCGAUCGGUAGAUGUUGAGUGGAUUGAAUAUGUUUGCCCUCAAUGUUCAUCUCUUCUUGGAGCUUACCCUUACGGCAAUGGUUAUGCACCUGUAGAUUCUGGAGUUCGGUUAUUUAAAUGUUACAUUUCCACUUGUACGCCAGUUGGUGGAUCGGGGGAUUUAUUCAGGAAGUAUACCUUGGAAAGAAUGUUUACAAAUCAGCUCCUGGAAAGUGCAAAGGAUGAAUCAUCAUAUCGGACUGUGGUUAAGGAUGUGAAAACCAAAUCUCCUUUGCUGCAAAUUGUUCUUCUAAAUCCAAAUUCUUGGUCCUGUGCUGGUUACUGUGUGGAAGCAGAGGGCCACACCGGGCCAGUUUCUAAUAUGUAUCUGCAUCCUGUCAUCAAGGUGCUUUACUCUGACUGCAGCAACAGUACGGAAUCUCAAUCAAGGAUGGUAGAAGACUGGGAAACGAAGAAUUUAGCUGAUGAAGUUUUCAUGUUGACCGGUCAAAUAAAAGAAUUGAUCAAAUCUCUGGUGUCAAGAAAGGAUGUACUUCCAGCCUCAUAUUCUUGCCUCCAAGGUUUAUCUUUGUCAUCUAUGCGGAGGUAACCGUACUUAUAUUGAAUGGAUUAGAUCUUCUGUAACUCCAAAGUUAAUAUUUAGAAAGGAACAGAUAUCUUUGGGUUCAUAGAAUCAAAUGACCACAUGUUUGGACAAGUAGAGGCUAAACAAACUAAUUGUACCAGUGCUUGGUGCGUAAUUGACUCUACAGUCUGUAAAAUUUAUUCGUCGUCUACUAGAUGGUACUCUUCUGUUAAGCAAUUCAGAAAAUAUGGGAAACAAAAUUCAUAAA